AUGGCUGACUUCUUGUUACCACUGGGUACUAACAACUUUCACCGGUUCACACCCGAAUCCUUAUCGGAGAUUGAAAAGCGGAUCUCGGCAAAGGUCGGAAAGGAUGCCAAGCAGGAAUAUAGAGAGCAGGUGGGAGAGGAAGAAAAACUGCGGCCACAGUUUGACUUGCAAGCAUGCAAGAAGCUGCCAGACAUCUAUGGAUCUCCCCCAUCCGAGCUCAUCGGGGAACCACUGGAGGACAUUGACCCCUUCUACGGAGAUCAUAAGACAUUUAUAGUACUCAACAAAGGGAAGACGAUCUUUCGAUUUAGUGCCACUCCUGCCUUGUAUAUUCUUAGUCCUUUUCAUCGAAUCAGAAGAAUAGCAGUUAAAAUUCUGGUACAUUCAUUAUUCAGUAUGUUUAUUAUGUGCACUAUUUUAACCAACUGUGUAUUCAUGGCGUGGUCCGAACUUCCUCCGUGGAAUAAAUACGUGGAGCAAACUUUUACUGCCAUUUACACAUUUGAGUCAUUGAUUAAAAUACUGGCCAGAGGAUUUUGUAUGACUGAAUUCACCUUCCUUCGAGACCCCUGGAACUGGCUGGAUUUUUCUGUUAUUAUCAUGGCAUACAUAACAGAAUUUGUGGACCUGGGCAAUGUCUCAGCCUUACGAACAUUCAGAGUUCUCCGGGCGCUGAAAACAAUCUCAGUCAUUUCAGGUUUGAAGACCAUCGUUGGAGCCCUCAUCCAGUCAGUUAGGAAACUUGCAGAUGUGAUGAUCCUGACCGUUUUUUGCUUGAGUGUUUUCGCCCUCAUAGGACUCCAGCUGUUCAUGGGAAACCUCAGGAACAAAUGUGUCCGAGAUUAUACAGAAUUCGAAUCCAUCAACGGCACCUUCGCUUCAGAUCAAAAGACCUGGCAAACCUUGAAUGAAUUUAUCAGCGAUCCAGAAAACUACUUCAUUAAGGAGGGCACAACAGAUCCAUUACUGUGUGGCAAUAGCACAGAUGCUGGCACAUGUCCACCAGGCUACAGGUGUUUAAAGGCUGGAGACAAUCCUGACCAUGGCUUCACAAGCUUUGAUACCUUCGGCUGGGCUUUUCUCUCCUUGUUCCGCCUCAUGACUCAAGACUGCUGGGAACGUCUCUACCAACAGACUCUGAGAUCUGCUGGAAAGAUCUACAUGCUUUUUUUCAUGCUGGUCAUAUUUUUGGGGUCUUUUUACCUAAUCAACUUGAUUUUGGCUGUGGUGGCCAUGGCUUACGAGGAGCAGAACCAAGCUACCAUUGCAGAAAUGGAGGCCAAGGAAAAGAAAUUUCGAGAAGCCAUGGAGGCACUGAAGAAGGAGCAAGAGGCGUUAGCUCGAGGCAUUGAUUCAUUGUCACUUAGUUCAUUUGAAAUGUCACCUGUGGCCAUGAAGAACUUCAAAGAACAAAGGAAUCAAAGAAGGAAAAAGAAGUCCUCAGGGGCAGAUGAUGAGGCAGAAGAUCAAGAGCCUGAUUCAGACGAGGGCCAACGAAGGGCGACUCUCCUGGGUUUUACUUCAGGCUCUUUGGAAAAUUCAGUGAGACGUAAGACCAGCCAUGGAAGUGUUUUCAGUUUCCGUCUACGCAGCAGGGAAAUGGGUUCAGAGGCAGAGUUUGCUGAUGAUGAUAUCAGCACGGUCGGAGACAGUGAAAUCCAACAUGGCUCACUGCUAAUUCUGAGGAACGGGAGACGGCUGAGUGCACAGAGUCAAGGGAUUUAUAGCUCUCCAAUCUACACAUACAACAGCAAAAGGAACAGUUCGGUGGAUUGCAACGGAGUGGUGUCUCUGAUUGGCGGUGGAGAAAGCUUGGAUCCAACCACUCCAACCGAUGUGUUGCUGCCACCAGUCAUUGCAGAUAAAUAUGGAACAGCUGACACGACCUCCAUUUCUGAAGAGCUGAACAAGAGGCAGCUUCUAUCACCCCAACGCCUUUCUAUGGAGCAUCCUGAGGAACACUUUCAUAGGCAACGUGCUGUGAGUGCUGUCAGCAUCAUCACCAGCGCCCUGGAAGAGCUUGAGGAAUCUCAACAGAAAUGUCCUCCUUGCUGGAAUCACUUUGCAGUAAAAUUUCUCAUAUGGGAUUGCUGCCCAAUGUGGCUCUUGAUCAAGGAGAAAGUCAAGUUCAUCAUUAUGGAUCCUUUCAGCGACCUCACAAUCACCCUUUGCAUUGUGAUGAACACACUCUUCAUGGCCAUGGAUCACUACAAGAUGACCAAAGAAUUUGAGGAAGUGCUGAACGUUGGGAAUCUGAUCUUCACUGGUAUUUUUACGGCUGAGAUGGUGUUUAAGGUUAUAGCAUUGGAUCCAUAUUAUUAUUUUCAGCAAGGCUGGAAUAUUUUUGACAGUAUAAUUGUCACGCUAAGUUUGAUGGAACUAAGCCUUUCCAGCAUGGGAAAUGUGUCUGUGUUACGCUCCUUCAGACUGCUAAGGGUCUUCAAGCUUGCAAAAUCUUGGCCAACCUUAAAUACGCUUAUUAAAAUAAUUGGAAACUCAGUGGGAGCAUUGGGAAAUCUUACCCUUGUUUUAGCCAUCAUUGUCUUCAUUUUUGCGGUGGUCGGGAUGCAGCUCUUCGGAGAUUUCUACUACAAGAAUGUCAGCAAAAUCAGCAGCAACGGAAUGCUACCCCGCUGGCAUAUGAAGGACUUUUUCCAUUCUUUUCUAAUCAUCUUCCGCAUCCUUUGUGGAGAAUGGAUUGAAACUAUGUGGGACUGCAUGAAAGUCGUUGGUCAGCCACUGUGUCUCCUGGUGUUUCUGCUGGUCAUGGUGAUUGGGAACCUGGUGGUGCUGAACCUGUUUCUUGCCUUACUGUUGAGCUCAUUUAGUGCUGACAAUCUUUCUGCGCCAGACGAAGAUGGGGAGAUGAACAACCUGCAACUGGCCUUUGCCCGCAUCAACAAGGGGCUGAAGUACCUCAAGCGUUCCAUGUGGAAUUUCUGCUGCAGGGUCCUUCGACAACCAAAGGCGACCGCUGAAAAGAAAGCCAUGAUGAAGCUCGUGACCCACAAUCAGCCGGUCAUGCACAACUGUGUCAACAACCACAUGGCUAAUGAGUUUGUCAAAGAGGAGCAGAACCAGAAGGAGAACCACACCAGCAAUGCCAGAGGUGCCACCAACAAAGUGGCUGAUGACCACAAUAAUGACUUUAUGACCAACCCAGACAUGUCCAUUUGUGUCCCUAUUGCCAUGGGCGAGUCGGACAUUGAAGAUGAUGAUCAAAGCACAUUCACGGAAACAGACCAGGAGGAAGAGUGCAGCCGGAAAUUUGAUGAAAUCAGCCUGUCAGAAGGAAGCACGGUGGAUCUGGCAAUUCCGUCAGAGCUUCUGGAACAGAUGCCCGAACUGGCAGAAGAACUGCUGGAACCUGAAGAUUGCCUCCCAGAAAUUUGUGUCCAUAUUCUCCCAUGCUGUUCAGUGGAUGUCACAAAAUUCCCUGGCAACAUUUGGUGGCGGCUGAGGAAAACCUGCUAUCAAAUUGUUGAACACAGUUGGUUUGAGACAUUCAUCAUUUUCAUGAUUCUUCUCAGCAGUGGAGCUUUGGCCUUUGAAGACAUCUACUUGGAUGAAAGGAAGAACAUCAAAACUAUGCUGGAAUAUGCAGAUAAAAUCUUCACCUACAUCUUUGUUUUGGAAAUGCUUCUCAAAUGGGUGGCCUAUGGCUUUAAGAAGUACUUCACCAAUGCUUGGUGCUGGCUUGAUUUCCUCAUUGUGGAUGUCUCACUAAUAAGCCUCAUAGCUAGUUCUCUUGGAUACUCCGAAAUGGGUCCCAUUAAAUCCCUUAGGACCCUCAGAGCUCUGAGACCUUUAAGAGCACUCUCACGAUUUGAAGGGAUGAGGGUGGUGGUCAAUGCCUUGGUAGGGGCCAUCCCUUCCAUCAUGAACGUUCUGCUUGUCUGCCUGAUUUUUUGGCUCAUCUUCAGCAUCAUGGGAGUCAACUUAUUUGCCGGAAAAUUUGGGAAGUGCAUUAACAAGACAGAAGGCGAUGAGCCUUUGAACCACACAAUUGUCAACAACAAGAGUGAGUGUCAAAGCAUGAAUGACACCGGAGAGUUAUACUGGACCGUAGUGAAAGUCAACUUCGACAAUGUCGGUGCGGGUUACUUGGCUCUGCUUCAAGUGGCAACUUUUAAAGGUUGGAUGUCGAUUAUGUAUGCAGCGGUAGAUUCACGAGAGAGAGAAGAACAGCCUGUGUGGGAAUAUAACUUGUACAUGUACCUCUACUUCGUGAUCUUUAUCAUCUUCGGUUCUUUCUUCACCUUGAAUCUCUUCAUUGGUGUCAUCAUUGAUAAUUUCAAUCAGCAAAAAAAGAAGAUAAGUGGACAAGACAUCUUCAUGACUGAGGAACAGAAAAAAUACUAUAAUGCCAUGAAAAAAUUAGGAUCCAAGAAACCUCAGAAGCCCAUCCCCCGUCCACUGAACAAGUAUCAAGGUUUCAUCUUUGACGUUGUCUUGAACCAAGCCUUUGAUGUUUGCAUCAUGCUUCUGAUCUGCCUAAACAUGGUGACCAUGAUGGUGGAGACCGAUGACCAGAGUCCGGAAAAAGUGAACAUCCUCUACAGAAUCAAUAUGGUUUUCGUUGCGAUCUUCACUGCAGAGUGUAUUUUCAAAAUGACAGCUCUGAGGCACUACUAUUUCACGAAUGGAUGGAACAUAUUUGAUUUUGUAGUCGUGAUUCUAUCAAUUGUCGGCUCAGUCCUGUCUGACAUCAUCCAGAAGUACUUCUUUUCCCCUACGUUGUUCCGAGUCAUCCGCUUGGCUCGGAUAGGUCGGAUCUUGAGACUUAUCAGAGGUGCCAAAGGAAUCCGAACGCUUCUGUUUGCCUUAAUGAUGUCCCUCCCUGCUUUAUUCAACAUCGGGCUCCUUCUGUUCCUGGUCAUGUUUAUUUAUGCCAUCUUUGGCAUGGCCAACUUUGCCUAUGUUAAGAAAGAACACGGGAUCGAUGACAUGUUCAACUUCGAGACAUUUGCCAACAGCAUGCUUUGCCUGUUCCAGAUCACCACGUCGGCUGGCUGGGAUGGUCUUCUCAACCCCAUUUUGAACACGGGGCCCCCCUAUUGUGACCCCAGUCACGUUAACUCCAAUGGGUCCAAGGGGAACUGUGGUAGUCCUGCGGUGGGAAUCCUGUUCUUCGUUACCUACAUUAUCAUCUCUUUCCUCAUUGUGGUCAACAUGUACAUAGCUAUUAUUUUAGAGAAUUUCAGCGUCGCCACUGAAGAGAGCACGGAGCCGCUAAGCGAGGAUGACUUUGAUAUGUUUUACGAAACUUGGGAGAAGUUUGACCCCGAAGCUACGCAGUUCAUUACCUACAUUGCCCUUUCCAGUUUUGCGGAUGCUCUGCCAGAACCUUUGCGCAUCGCGAAACCCAACCAGGUUAAGCUCAUAGCCAUGGACCUUCCCAUGGUGAGUGGGGACAGGAUCCACUGCUUAGAUAUUUUGUUUGCUUUCACCAAAAGAGUUCUGGGAGAAACUGGAGAGAUGGAUGCCCUUAAAAUACAGAUGGAGGAGAAAUUCAUGGCCGCCAACCCAUCGAAGGCUUCUUACGAGCCUAUCACCACCACGCUGAGGCGGAAGCAGGAGGAGGUGUCUGCGACCAUCAUCCAGAGAGCUUUCAGAAGUCACCUUUUCCAACGUUCCCUCAAGCAAGCAUCUUUCUUGUACCGCCAGAAAAACUGCCCCCUAGGAGACGUGGCCCCAGAGAAGGAAGGCCUCAUUGCUUGCAUGAUGGAUGAAAACUACGGGAAGCCUAUCGACAAAUCCGAAACUCUUUCCUCCACUUCCUUCCCCCCGUCCUACGACAGUGUCACCCGGGGCACCAGCGAGAAUUUCCAGCUAAGGUUGACGGACUCCAGUGGAUGCGACGAACCGCUAGACGACCCGUUGUCAGCUGACCGAGAUAAAGAGUCAAUUGUUUAA